AAAAGAUUAUACUUGAACGUGAAAAUAGAAACGAUAGAAAAGUCCCAUUCCCAAAUAUUUGGAACCCUAAUAUAAUUAACUUAUCAAACACAAAGUCCACCACGCAAUCAAUCACCUUGUUCAAUUCAAUUCACGCUCCUUCCUUCCUCUACUCUCUCCCUAAUUCUUCAAAAUUCUAAUUCACCACUUCAAACAAAGAAACCCAAUUAUUUCUCCUCUCUUAGUUUAUGGCACAAAAGCCUCUCAAAUCCCCAAUCCACAACAUAACAAUAAAUCGAAUUUUGCACCAUCUUAUUACCCUAAUCACAUAGUCUUAUUGAUUUCCAUUCCUUUUUUUUUUUUUAUAAUAAUAAUUUGUUAACAAUUUCCUCAAGGUAAUGGCUACAGAAGCGAGAGCGAAGUUCCAAAACCCUGAUUUCCGACCCGAUUUCCACACCGAAGAAAAUAAGUUAACGCCGUCAACUCACGACGGUCUUCACUUCUGGCAAUUUAUGAUUGCCGGAUCUAUCGCUGGUUGCAUUGAACACAUGGCAAUGUUUCCCGUUGACACCGUUAAAACUCAUAUGCAAGCACUCGGUUCGUGUCCCAUUAAAUCCGUAUCGGUCCGUCAAGCUUUCCGUUCAAUUAUUCAAUCGGAAGGCCCAUCCGCUUUAUACCGUGGUAUAGGUGCAAUGGGCCUAGGUGCAGGCCCAGCCCACGCCGUUUAUUUCUCCGUUUACGAAACUUGUAAAAAGCGGUUUUCACAGGGAAACCCUAAUAAUGCUGCUGCUCAUGCUGCUUCAGGUGUUUGCGCCACCGUGGCGAGUGACGCAGUUUUUACGCCGAUGGAUAUGGUGAAACAGAGGUUGCAGUUGAGUAAUAGUGGUUAUAAAGGUGUUUUUGAUUGUGUAAAGAGGGUUAUGAGUGAAGAAGGGUUUAGUGCUUUUUAUGCUUCGUAUAGGACUACGGUUUUGAUGAAUGCGCCUUUUACGGCUGUGCAUUUUGCUACCUAUGAGGCGGCGAAGAGGGGAUUGAGUGAGGUCUCGCCGGAGAGUGUUGAUGAUGAACGGUUGAUUGUUCAUGCUACGGCUGGUGCUGCGGCUGGUGGUUUGGCUGCUGUUGUGACAACACCGCUUGAUGUUGUUAAAACUCAAUUGCAGUGUCAGGGUGUGUGUGGAUGUGAUAGGUUCAAAAGUGGUUCAAUUGGUGAUGUUAUUAAAACAAUAGUGAAAAAGGAUGGAUACAAAGGGCUCAUGCGAGGGUGGGUUCCAAGGAUGCUCUUUCAUGCUCCUGCCGCCGCUAUCUGCUGGUCUACAUAUGAAGCUGGAAAGUCCUUUUUCCAAGAUUACAAUGAGCAGAAAGAUACUGGGACUGUCACCUAAAUAAAACCCUUAAGUUAGAAUAUUCAUCAUUCGUGGGUUUCACUACAGAUUAUUCUGUCUGUAACACUAUUAAAGUGCUUCAAAUAGAUGUGAGCUAGCAAUCCCUUCAAGUCCUGACUUCUGAAUUCUAAAUAAUAUGCAGAGGGCGGCGGAUUGAUUUACGAAGUGGGGACUUGUUUUCUUAUACACAUUGUUAGGUGACUCAGGUUUCAUAAUCAUUUUUGUUUGUCUGGAUUAGCUUUUUGCUUUGGGCAGAGCAUUAUUUAUUCAAUGGAAACACCUCUGCUACAUGAACUUAUUUUACACACUAGUUUGGUGACACUGUAAUUUUAAUUAUGUGAAAGAUUAUUUGAUAUAAUCUGUAAUUUGAGGGAUAUCAUUUCCUGUCACAGUAUUUGGUUAGCAUAUAUCUAAUCAACUUCACUUACUAAGCUAUUUAGAAGUCA